UCGUGUUUCGAACGUUCUGAAUUCGAAUUUUAAGACGUUACUCGACCAUUUGACAGUCGUAUGUUUUAGAACGUUUUUGAUUUGAAUUUCGAAUACGUUUGACGGUUCUGUAGGGUUGUAAGAUUCUUGGAUUCGACGGUGUGAUUGCAAGAAUGAAGAUGUAUUGGGGAUUGAUGGUGGUGGCGCUGUGUGGUGGUGCGGCGGCUCAUACGAUGCACUUGGGAAAAUGUCCCGUCGUCGAGCCUAUGCCAGGAUUUGAAAUGAACAAGCUCCUUGGCGUGUGGUACGUCAUCCAGAAGACCUCAACCGGCUCCAGUUGCAUCACAUACAACUUCACCAGGACCUCGGAGCCCGGCACUUACGAGAUCGAGCAGGUCUCGCAGCAUCUGGUCUUAGGGCUCACGCCGUUAAAGCACGACUACAGAUACACUGGCGUGCUCACAGUGCCCGACCCUGCGGUGCCAGCGCGGAUGAAAGUGCGAUUCCCUCUUAGCGUGGCCGGGUCCGCGAGCUACGUGGUCCUCGCGACGGAUUACGAUACGUACGCCGCCAUAUUCACAUGCCAGAGCAUUCUGUUUGGCCACCGACGGUCAGCCACUAUCCUCUCGCGUACCAAGGAGCUCGACAGGAUUUACGUUGAUAAGUUACGGACCAAACUGUCCUCCUUCAACGUGAGCCCGUACGACCUGUCCAUCAUCUCGCAGUCCAACUGCCCGAAGCACGUCAACGGCGAGACUGAGGGCGUCAACAUCAACAUCGAACCCGACACGUUCUCGUCACACAACAUCGGGGAAGCAGUGCGAAAGACUGGCGGCGUCAUAGCCAACGGCGUAGAGUACGUAGUAGACGCCGGGAAGAAGGUGUACAACAAGGUGGCGAGCAGCAAGGAGGAUUUAACCGCGGCACCCGCCGGCGCCGGCGGCGCGAGGAAUUAUGACGCCGACGCCGAGUGGAUGCCUUGAAGACAGGCUUAUACCUAAUGUGCGGACGGAAACUUUCUAAAAUAAAAAAAAAGCAUGGAAAGUUCUUGGAUAAUUUCCAUUUUCAAGUGUCUCAAAUGGAAAUUUCCUUCAUAUUUCAUUCAAUGCAUAAUUAGAUGUUACAGUUAAGUUAGUCGAUUCAUGACCACCUAUUAGGGUACACACUAUUUAACUCGCUAUCUUGUACCUAUUAGAACAUUUGAUCUUAAUAUAUCUACCGUAAGGGGUCAGGGGUCAUUAAUUACGUCACACGUUUAGGGGGGGGGGGGGGUCAAGAAAAUGUGACAUGUUGUGACAAGGGGGAGUCACAAACUUUGUUGUUUUCGCUGUACAGUUAAAUAACAAGUUAAUAAACUAGUAAUCUAAUGCAACCAACCGAGCAUAUGUCAUACGUCUAGUUUUAACUAAAUACUCAAUAUUUUAAGCCAUUUAGUAUAUUACAUCGUACAUUGUAUAUUUGGUAUAUGUUUUAAGACUUAUUUCAAUUAACAUAAGGUCAAUGUGGGUAAGACCGGUAUAGUCGCUCAGACGGGUCUCUAUUGUUUCUCACAAAGUUUUAAGUCACAAUGUAUUGUUUGUCCGAAUUUUCGUUAGUCAUGAUUUGGUUUUUCUCAGAAACGCGUAACGUUUCAGGAUUGCCAUAAAACAAACCUAACUUAUCUACAGGAUAACCUUACGAAAAUCCUGACGUUAACGGUUUCAGAAUUAUGACUUAUGAUAAUCUGACAAUCAUUUACGUUAUGGCUUUCAAUAUUUAAGUCAAACAACGGGAUCCCCGCUCAGACAGUCAGAAAGGAAGAGCUUCACUCCUGCUCUACCGACCUUCCGUAAGUGGAGUAUGUGUACAAAUGCAAGAGUUGGGUUGAAAGCGACUAAAGAGCUUGUAGCCGGUCUUUCCUAAUAGACGGUCUUCUCCACAUUGACUUUACUAUUGUUUAUCUUACGCACUGAGACCAAAGAACCAAGUGGGAAAAAGCAAUGCCUAUCAAGAAUAUCACAGAAGACAUAUUUAACUAGUGACAUUAUUUUUAUACUAUUUUUGUGAAGAAUAAAGAGUGAAAUGUAAA